UUGCAAGAAUCACAUUGUUCGUUCUACUUUACAAGGCUCGGCUCACAUUCACUCAUUUUUCAGACAACCGAACGAAAGUCUUAUGAUAUUCACUUUUGGUUGGGUGAAGGCGCAACCAUCGACGAAGUGGGCACAGCAGCUGCAGCGACUGUGAAAAUAGAUGACGCUUUGGGUGGUCACCCAAUUCAGCACCGCGAAGUACAAAAGCAUGAAACACCUUUGUUUCUCUCCUACUUUCCACAUGGAAUCAGGUACAGUGCAAUACGAAGAUAUUUGCAAGGAGGCUAUGAUUCCGGAUUCCGGCAUGUUGAAGACAUCUUUACCAACUUUAAACCACGCUUAUUCCAUUGCAAAGGGAAGCGGAAUGUUCGCUGUGCACAGGGGCUUGGCCCUCACACGGGCAACUUUUUUGAUGAACUGAAGAGGUAUAUGAUCAGGCGUCAGGGAUCUCGAUGCUGA